AUGACCGUCUUCUCCUUCUAUAUCUUCGACCGGCACACCGAGUGUAUAUACACCAGGACCUGGCCCUCUUCCUCCUCCUCUGACCGACCCAUCUCCGGCGCGCCGACAUCUAAUGGCACUACCACCACCGGCGGACGCAGCGCCGUGGCCAAGGCGCGAGACGACGCGAAGCUGAUCUUCGGCACGGUGUUCAGCCUGCGCAACAUGGUGCGCAAGCUGGGCGGGGACGACGACGCCUUCAUCAGCUACCGCACGGCGCAGUACCGCCUGCACUACUACGAGACGCCCAGCAGCCUGCGCUUCGUCAUGCUGACCGACACGGCCACCCUCAGCAUGCGCAACGUCCUGCACCAGAUCUACAUCAACCUGUGGGUCGAGUACGUCGUCAAGAACCCCCUCGCCCCCGUCGAGCACAAGGGCGGCGACGGCGUCAAGAACGAGCUGUUCGAGCUGGGCCUGGACCAGUUCGUCAGGGGCCUGAUGUGA